AUGUCUGCAUCUGUUCGUCCUACACUUCCCCCGCUUCAUACACUUAAUCUUCCUCGUGGAGAGAUUCGACAUCCCCGUAUCGAUGCAAAAUUGAAACCCCAGAUUCCAAGGCUGCACGUGCCCAGCAGUCAAUAUUCAUGCCAGAACCGUCGGGUUUCUAUCUCAUCCUCGACGUCUUCUCGCACUCCUUCUCCCACCCCUUCGCCCCCCUCAUCUUCGCGUUCCUCUAUCUUCGGAAGUCAACCCGUUAAAUUUCGCAUUGUACCCACCACUUUUGAGCAUGCCAACGCAAUGAUUGUCAUUCCUGAUCCCGAUGCUCCACACGUGCACCCCCUCUCCGGUGCAGUCCUCGAACAACCUGCAUCAAACCUUUUUCUGGUCGGGCCUGCCUUUCAAUGCGUGCGCCAGCUACAACGACAAAUAGCCAAGGGGUCCAGCGGAUCGCAGGUUUUCCAUUACACCCAAUACGACCAGUGUCAAGAAAAUUACAAUAACAAGCUCAAGUCCCAAAGAAACGUGAUGUAUUGCUAG